UUUUAAAUUUUUUAAACAACAAACCUUUGAUAUCUGAGUCAUUAUCUUUUUAAUUAAGUUUUACACAUUUUUAUGGUUAAUAAUUUUAAUAAAAUAGCGCAAUAAUCAUUUUUGUGAAAUCAUAUUUUUCAAAUCUUUCCAACUUUAAAAAUGUCCACCACUCCGGCGAAAACACUAAACUUCAACGUCGGUGUGCUUGGUCACGUUGACAGCGGCAAAACCAGCCUGGCUAAAGCUCUGAGCACCGUGGCGAGCACCGCCUGUUUCGACAAAAAUCCGCAGAGCAAGGAAAGAGGCAUUACAUUGGAUCUUGGGUUUUCGUCGUUUGCCGUUGAUGCCCCCAGUCAUGUUGUUGAAGCUGGUUACGAAAAGUUGCAAUUCACUCUGGUUGAUUGUCCUGGGCAUGCUUCACUCAUCAAAACUAUUAUUGGCGGUGCCCAGAUAGUAGACAUGAUGAUGUUGGUGGUUGACAUAACGAAAGGCAUGCAGACCCAAACGGCUGAGUGUCUCGUCAUUGGCGAGAUUACAUGCCGGAAGAUGAUCGUCGUCCUAAACAAAAUUGAUCUCAUUCCUGAUGAUAAAAGAGAUGCUACUAUCGAAAAGAUGAAAAAGAAGAUGUGGAAAACUUUGGAAAGGACCAAAUUUUCGACCUGUGCCAUAUGCCCCGUAGCUGCCAAACCUGGUGGCGCUGAGUCAGGUGAUAGUAGCAGCAUAUCAGUUGAAGAUCUCAUUGAAACAUUAAAGUCAACUUCUUACAUACCAACACGCUGUUCCACUGGGCCAUUAUUAUUUUCUAUUGAUCAUUGUUUUCUUAUAAAAGGUCAGGGAACGGUGAUGACGGGAACAAUGCUCAGUGGAUCCAUUGCCGUUAAUGACACUGUUGAGAUAUCGUCACUGAAGAUCACAAAGAAAGUUAAAUCCAUACAAAUGUUCAAAUCAAACGUUAAUAAGGCUAUCCAGGGUGACCGCAUAGGUAUAUGUCAAAUUACAUAUUACGUCACACCACACCACGUGGCUUCUAACAUAUGGCAUCACGUGACAGGCGACCUCGGGACACCACCCACGUACGCCCUAGUAGAGCUGGACCACCCGCUUACUUGCGACGCCAACUUCCUCGUCAUCACCUCCAAACUCGACACCGACAUCCACUCGAAUACAUGCAGGCUGGCAUUCCACGGCAGGAUUGUUAACAUUUUCAAUAUGGCCGACGGAAGCGGAAGUGGGUUGUCUGCUCUGAAGGUUUACAAGACAAAAAGUCGGGAUGGAGUGAUAGAGAGGAAGGUGGAUGAGUGCACUGUCAUCUGUAAGAAUCUUUUCAAGAAAGAAACGAACCUAGAUGUAUUCUCCGGAUUGAAGGUUCGACUGUCGACCGGUGAAGAUGGAUACAUCGAAGGGAGUUUUGGCCAGAGUGGAAAGGUGAAGAUAAGAAUUCCUGCUGGUUUGAAAGAUUCCACCUCGAAAUUGCUUGCCGCUAAAUCUUCCAGUAAAAAAUCAUCGUCCAAAUCGUCAGCCAAUCAGAGCGAGUCAGCUGAAAACUUGUUGGCCAAUCAGAUUAAAGAUUGCAAUUUAGACACCACCCAAGAUGGUAGUAGACAGAUAAAAGUUACACUUGAGUUUAAGAGAUACAUUUUCGAUAGUAGCCACAAGAUUGUGCAGAGCUGAUUCCUUGAAUGGUUGAUUGGUCGAUUGGUUAGCUGUUUGAUGGCUAUGUUCGUCGACUGAUUGGCUGGCUGUUAGAUUGGAUGAAGUGAUGUAUUGGUUAUUUGAUGGAUUAUAUGAUAAAAAAUGGUUCUUCCGCUGCAGAAGUUUAUUUUUCAAAUUGGAAUAUUAUUAUAAUUUUCUGCGCUCAGGCUCAACUAGCACUACAUUAUAAUAUUUUUUUCAGUUUUUUCACUUUUUUGUUGAAAAAUUUUUUUGUAAAAAAGGGUUUAACAUUUUUACUCUAUUAAAAAUUCAUUAAUAUGUUUCAUCUUGAAUUGUCGAUAUUCAAUCGUACGGUCAAUUUAAUGCCCGAAAUUAAUUUUUCAGGUAAUUUAUCUCAUGACGUUUAUUAUUAUCAUUUGCAUAUAUGCUGAUUUAAUAUAUAAUAUGCUCAUUUCAUUCUUUUCAAAACGUUCUUGCCUUAUGGCAGGGGUGGGAAAGCUUCUUGCUGUGAGGGCCGCAUUGAGAACUAUUUUACCUUUGAAGGGCCGUAUGUACUUAAACAGAAAAUUUUUUUGACCCGGGGGAGAUUUUUUAAGAUUUGUUGUUUUUUUUGGUCACAAUGUCUGGCUGGCGACCUUUUUUAGGCGAACAAGACCUCGCGGGCGGCCCGUGGUUUGUCCACCCCUCCCCUACAGUUUGACAGUUUCAACGCUUAAUAUAGAGUUUAAUUUUCAUUUUUUGUGGUUGUGAGACGAAAUCAUUAAUAAUAUAUAAAAAAA